AUGCUCCACAAGCGGGAACUGUGUGGCAUCGCACAUUGGGAAUUAAACUGUGCACCCCUUCUUUCCCUUCUUCUGCAGGAUGAAUUCCACCCAUUCAUUGAGGCGCUUCUUCCACAUGUCCGCGCAAUCGCCUAUACUUGGUUCAACCUGCAGGCUCGGAAACGCAAGUACUUUAAAAAGCAUGAGAAACGGAUGUCCAAGGAUGAGGAGAGGGCCGUCAAGGAUGAGCUGCUCAGUGAGAAGCCCGAAAUCAAACAGAAGUGGGCAUCCAGGCUCCUGGCCAAACUGCGCAAGGACAUCCGCCAGGAGUACCGGGAGGACUUUGUGCUCACCGUGACUGGCAAGAAGCACCCGUGCUGUGUCUUAUCCAAUCCUGACCAGAAGGGUAAGAUUAGGAGGAUCGACUGCCUGCGACAGGCAGACAAAGUCUGGCGUCUGGAUCUGGUCAUGGUGAUCCUGUUCAAAGGCAUCCCUUUGGAGAGUACGGAUGGCGAACGGCUCAUGAAGUCCCCACACUGCACAAACCCAGCACUUUGUGUCCAGCCACACCAUAUCACAGUAUCAGUUAAGGAACUUGACUUGUUUUUGGCAUACUACGUGCAGGAGCAAGGUAGGAGCACAUUGUUCUUUCUUUCAAACACUACCCAUCCACCUCCAGAUACGGGAUCUCUAGCUCGGGCUAGAGCGUUCUGGAGGCCUCCAGAUAUCCUCCGCCCUCUCCAGAUACCGUGGUGUGCCCCGUUGUCCUCCGUGUCCAUAGUCAUGUCAGAGCCAUGAAAGUGGACAUGGUAC